UUCAUUGCUGCCAUUUACAGUGAUUCAGGUUAUACUGAAAAAUCAACAUGCAUUGGUUUAAAGUAUUUUUCCUGCUUCAAGUUACUUUCUUGAGCACAGUGUUCUGUGGAAAGGUGCUGGUCUUCCCGGCAGAUGGCAGUCAUUGGCUUAACCUAAAGCUUAUCCUUAACAAGAUUUCCUAUAAAGGCCAUGACGUUACUGUACUCCUAUAUUCAGCCGCGUUCCUUAUAGACCACACAGAACCUUCGCCUCUGAAAUUUGAAGUUUUUCCAGUUGCUUUUACAAAAGAGAGGAAUUUAGAAAUUCUGGAAAAUUACUUUAAAGUGUGGAUUUAUGAUGCCCCCUCCAUUUCCUUUUGGGAAUUCUAUUUUCGCAUGAAGAGUUUAAUGGCAGAUAUACAGCAGUUGGAGAAACAUAUCUGUGAUGGCGUUCUGAAAAACAAAGAGCUAAUGGAGAGACUUCGAAGAGAAAAGUAUGAUGUUUUGAUCUCAGACCCAUUGUCUCCAGGGGGUGAACUUGUGGCCGAGGCUCUUGGAAUACCGUUUGUCUACACCUUCAGGUUCUCAAUGGGUAAUUCAAUGGAAAGACUCUGCGGACAUCUACCAUCUCCAUUUUCAUAUGUGCCGGGUAUCAUGUCGGAGCUCAGUGAUAGAAUGACCUUUGUGGAAAGGUUGAAAAAUACAUUACAUUAUUUGUUUCAGGAUAUUAUCUUCUUUAUAGAGUAUGGAGGCUACUGGGAUAAGUAUUUCAGUGAAAUAUUAGGCCGACCUACAUCAUUAUGUGAAACUAUGGGGAAAGCUGAAAUUUGGUUGAUCCGAACAUACUGGGAUUUUGAAUAUCCACGGCCAAUUCUACCUAACUUUGAGUUUGUCGGUGGACUGCACUGCAAACCUGCAAAGCCUUUACCAGAGGAAAUGGAAAAGGUUGUCCAGAGCUCAGGGGAUCAUGGAAUUGUGGUAUUUUCUCUGGGAUCCAUGGUUAAAAACCUGUCUGAUGAGAGAAGCAAUUUAAUAGCAGCAGCUCUGAGCCAGCUGCCACAAAAGGUCAUUUGGAGAUACAGUGGAAAGAAACCAGAUACUUUGAGUGCAAAUACAAUAAUAUAUGACUGGAUACCACAAAAUGAUCUGCUUGGCCAUCCAAAAACAAAAGCAUUUAUCACUCAUGGAGGCACUAACGGUAUUUAUGAAGCAAUAUAUCAUGGGGUUCCGAUGGUUGGAAUUCCUCUCUUUGCUGAUCAGCCGGACAACAUUGUACACAUGAAAAACAAAGGCAUGGCUGUAAUGCUCGACUUCAACAAAAUGGAAGCACAGGAAUUAGUGGAUGCAGUCAACACUGUUAUUAACAAUCCUAGCUAUAAAGAGAAUGCCAUGAGGUUAUCCCACAUUCACCAUGACCAGCCGAUCAAGCCUCUAGACCGAGCAGUUUUCUGGAUAGAGUAUGUCAUGCGUCAUAAAGGAGCUAAGCACUUAAGACCGGCAUCCCAUGAACUAACAUGGUACCAGUACCACUGCUUGGAUGUCAUAGCCUUCCUACUGGCCUGUCUUCUCAUAGUUCUCUAUGUUACCACCAAAUUGCUCUCAUUCUGCCUCAGAAAGUGCUGUAAAACCAGAAGGAAACAGAAAACUCAGUGAAAGACUCUACUUUGUAUUGUAGGCAUUCAAUGUUUAUGUUAUUUACAGUGAUCAAUAAUAACCCAUAAGAGCAGUCAAACAUUAUUUGUGGGUAAAGUUCAUAUAUUUUCAAAAAUAGCUCUGAGAAAGAUGUACUAGGAUUAUGCCAUAGUUCUAGCCAUACAAUGUGGAGUUUUGUGACAUAAUGAGUGUUGGUAUUCCGUCCAGAUCUAUUUAAAUAUAUACUUUACCAUUUGGUUAUCAUGUGAUUUGUAAUUUUCACUGCAUUACCCAGACAUCUUCCUUGUUUGGCGUGUGUUCUGCUUGCCAGGAACUUCACCAUGGCAUACAGGAAUAUUAAUCCAGCCAAACCUUUUAAAUAAAAAUGACCAACAUGACUAAGAUAAAAUCUCAUUGAAAAGUUUUACAUUUAUAUGUGAGACCCUGUUGCAUUAAAAUAAAGAUAAUUUUUAUUAAGA